AUGUCAAACCAAACCCCUGAAUCCUGGGAGGAUGAUCUUUCCCGACAGGCUGAGGGCGUUAACCUGAACGCACAAUCUCGCCCUCAGGCCCAAGCACCCUCUUUCACGCCUGGAGCCGCCUCUUUCACACCUGGAGCCUCUGCCUUCGUCCCCGGACAGCAGUACCAACAGUAUGCUGGCUAUCCCCAGCAGGGAUACCCUCAGUACGGCCAACAACAGGCCUAUGGUGGUUACCAGCAACAGCAGCCGCAGCAAGCCUAUGGCCAGUACAAUGCCUAUGCGCAGCAACCCGGUGGCUUCAACCAGUACAACAAUGGACAGAGACAGCAGCAAUAUGGUGGUUAUAACCAGCAGCCUCGCCAGAAUGCGCCUGUAGCAGCACAACCCCAGGCUGCAGCACCGGCUCAGUCCGCUCCCAAGCCCGCGUCGACCACCGCCCUGCCCAAGACCAAGGUUCUGUCUAUCGGCGCGACCUCCUCCAGCGCUGCCCCCAAGACCAAGGUCCUUUCGAUCGGCACUCCUACUCCGGCAGCCAAGCCUGCUGACGCCACCCCCAAGGAAGCCAAUGGUGAUACCAAGGGCCCCGCUGCUGCUGAGGCAGGCUCAAAGGUGGCGGCCACCAAGUCCCUUGACAAGUCAGACAAGGCCGCUGCCGCUGGCAAGGCUUCUCCCACGCCAUCUUCUGGUCGCUCUAGCCCUGGACGUUCGAGCCCAGCCCGCGGCGAGACAGCCAAGCAAGCCCGCGAAGCCAGUGCCGUCGCAAAGUCACAGCUGGCUGAUGUUGAUGACGCAACCCUAAAGGAAAUUUACGGUGAGCGGAGAGAGCACGUCAACGUUGUCUUCAUCGGUCACGUCGACGCUGGCAAGUCCACUCUGGGAGGUUCCCUCCUGCAUGCCACUGGCAUGGUUGAUGAGCGUACACUGGACAAAUACAAGAAGGAGGCCAAGGAAGCCGGCCGAGAGACCUGGUACCUCUCGUGGGCUCUCGAUCUGACCCAGGAGGAACGUUCGAAGGGUAAGACAGUCGAAGUUGGCCGUGCCUUCUUCAAGGUCACCAUCCCGCACCCAGAGGGUGAUAUCGAGCGUCAAUUCUCCAUCUUGGAUGCCCCUGGUCACAAGUCAUAUGUUCCUCACAUGAUUGGUGGUGCUUCUCAGGCCGAUCUCGGUUGUUUGGUUAUCUCUGCUCGUAAGGGUGAGUACGAGACUGGAUUCGAGAAAGGUGGCCAGACCCGUGAGCACGCACUCCUUGCGCGCAAUACUGGAGUUAGCAAGUUGAUUCUUGCUGUUAACAAAAUGGACGACCCGACUGUCGAAUGGAGCAAGGCCCGAUUCGAUGAAUGCACCAUCAAGGUCACCAAGUUCCUGGAAGCCCUGGGCUACAAGAAGUCGGACAUCUUCUGCAUGCCUAUCUCUGCCCAGCGCACCAUCGGCAUCAAGGACCGAAUUCCCAAAGACGUGUGCGAUUGGUACGACGGUCCGUCACUGCUCGAAUACUUGACUGCGUUCCAGCUCCCCGAGCGUAAGGUCAACGCGCCGUUCAUGAUGCCGAUCAGCGCCAAGUACCGUGACAUGGGUACCAUGGCAGAAGGCCGCAUUGAGUCCGGUAUCAUUAAGAAGAGUGGUACUUAUCUCAUGAUGCCUAACCGCGAGGAGGUUCAAAUCUCUGCCAUGUACGGUGAAACAGAAGAGGAGAUUUCGACCGCUAAGGUUGGUGACCAGAUUCGCCUGCGUCUCCGUGGUAUCGAAGAAGAAGAUUUCUUCCCUGGUUUCGUGCUCUGCUCACCUAAGCGUCCCGUUCACUGUGUUUCUGCUUUCGAGGCUAAGAUCCGUAUUUUGGAUCUGAAGAGCAUUCUGACGGCUGGCUUCAACUGUGUCCUGCACGUUCACUCCGCUGUCGAGGAGGUUACUUUCGCCUCUCUUCUUCACAAGCUCGAGCCCGGCACUGGCCGCAAGAGCAAGCGCCCCCCCAGUUCGCUAGCAAAGGCCAGACCAUUAUCGCUCGUCUCGAGGUUACCAGCACCGCUGGUGCGGUUUGUGUCGAGACCUACGACGAAUACAACCAAUUGGGUCGUUUCACCCUGCGUGACCAGGUAUGGUCAAACCAUUGCUAUUGGUAUGAUUACCAAGCUCAUCACUUCCGAGACCGAGGCCCAGUAA